AUGAAAAUCUUCAACAUUGUAAUUGGUUAGAUUCUGAAAGAAUAAAAAGUUGAAUCAAGUUCUGCUUAAGACAAAACUAAAAUGAAUCCUAAAUUAUGGAUUUCCUUUACAUAUUCAAAAUAUCAUAAUAAUAUUAUUUAAACUUUUAUUAUCAGUAAUCUUAUUGGAUGCUCACUUCAUAAAAACUAAAUAUUUGUAUUUAGAUAAUAAAAUAACUAAAGGAUAUGUAUGUACUUUCAGUUGGGUGAUUCUUGUAAUGUAAAUACCUCUAUCAAUAGAAUUACUAAAUUCUAGGCUGAACAUGAUCGUUUAAAACAGUAAAAAUUAUAUAUGUAAAUUUUAUAGUGUUGAUAUAUCUGGAUAGAAAGUUGAAUUAUAAAUAGUAAUACAUUAGCCAAUAUGGCAAGAGCCAAAUAAAUUCUAACAGAUUUAAAGUUAUUAACUAGAAAAACAUAUAUAGUUAAUAAUAAUAAUAUCUUAUUAAAUAAAUUAUCUAAUGAAAUUAACUUAAAUGAUAUAAUAGUAUUUUGAGAACCAAAAACUUAGAGAUGGAUAAAAUUAUAUCAUAUGGUAUAGGAAAGAAGAAUUAGAAUAAUAAGAGGAUAUUGUAAAUUUUAAGAAAGUACUUUGA